AGGUGGCACUAAAUAGCCAUAAGAUUGUUUAGUAAUUCUUCAAUUUCUUGUUUUUUAUGCCUUCUGAACAUAAUUGCGAGAUUCGACUUUGGAGUUCGAGUUUUGGAGAAGUCGAUGGCAUCCUGAACAAAAAAGCUAGUAUUUGUUCUAGCAAUGUCCUUAAUCUUUCAGGUAAGUUCCUGUGUCCUGAACCGUGUUUCCCGUUGCCUUGGCUUUUGUUAGCAUACAAGGUGGUUCCGAGUUUCCCUAUGGCGGAGAAAGGAAAGAGGCCGAUCGAGGAAGAAGAAGAUAUCUUGAAUUUGAUAGACUUUGACAUGCCCGAGGAAGAAGAGAAACAAGACAACUUAUCCCCAGUUGAGCAGCAGCAGCAGCAGCAGCCUGACCAUGGAAUGAAAGUAAAACUAACAAUGAAAACUGCCAUUCCCUACCGGGUACCGGUCCACAGUGAGGCCGUUGAGAACGCAAAGGCAAUCCUCAGAGAAAUGGAGAGCAAGGAUGGUUUUUUUGCAAAGUUCCUGCGCAUGAAUGGGAUUGACCCGCAGAAUCCUCAACAAGCAGGGGAAGCUCUGUGUAAUCCCACUGGGAACGCCAACUCAAACAGGGCAAAUCGUGCUCUGAAGAUCAAGGACAUCUCGGGCAUGCCUCUUAUCCCAGGGACGAGGGUCAUUCCCCCGGGAUCUAAGAGAGCUGCCCAACUUGAAAAUCUAUUAAAGAUCUAUGCCGAAAACCCGGAGCGUGCCAAGAGGAUUGUGGUCAAUCGAUUGUCCGCUCUGAGGGUCAGGGAGAAAAGUCAGAUGUAUAAGAACAUGCUAAAGCAGAAAAUCAACACUCUAAAAGCUGAAUCCUACGUGCUAUCGCAGCAGUUACAGCUAGCACAGAAAAAUAGCAGUGCCCUCAAAGCAGAGAGCGCUUUGCUGAAAGCUCAAAUGGAAAAUAUUCAGCAGCAGAUUCAGGUGCAGGACGUUCUGAAUGAGGAAAUAAGCAAUGAGAUCGAGUUCCUGAGAUUAAUGACAGGACCAGUGCCCAUUAUUUCUACGGAGAGUGCACUCUUAUCUGCACAGAAGCUUUGGACACAGAUACCCGACUCUCAACAUCACCAAACUGAGCAGGGGCAAAACCGGGAAACUACCAUGACCCCAGAAGUCAUGCCUGAUGCAAGGAUUCCAGGAGCUGCACAGUUGGACGUGUGAUGUGGCUCGGGAUUGGACGCUGCCUCUUUGGCUCGAUCAAUUUGAAUACAUAUAUUGGUAGUUGUGUGGAGAUGGACUAUUAGUUUAUUAGUGUGUACUCCCCUCUUGGUUUGUUAUAUCGAUGUAUCUGCAAAUGGUGAAUAAGGUACUCUUUCUUUUAAAUAAAUAAACAAG